AUGCUAAAGAAACUUCGGUUCCCUGAUUGGAUUAUUCCAGCAGUCAUCACGUCCGGAAUUAUGACGCUCCGAUCACGAGAGAAACUCGCCAUUCAAUUGUGCGAAAUAAUUCAGGGUGUCCUGAGUUCACAUAUAUCAGAUUUGCCUCGUCUCGAGGGUGAAUCCCCAGUUCCUCCAAAUUCCCGCACAAUAAUGACAGCUCGUCCUACCGCUUCGACUCCCGUUGGGGCCACAGUCAACAUCACUGUACCCCCCGAGUGGUUUAUCAGUAUCUCAGCCAUCUCCAGGAAGACCUACCACCAGGCCAUCUUCAUCCAAACCAACAUCCGCAACAACUCGUCUACUUUCAAGAGUGACUAUGGAACCAGCGGCAACAUGCCCGACGCUAUCUCUGGGUCGACUACGUUCCCAAUCGCCCCAAGGAACACUCCCGUGGAGCUGAACAUCGCAGCGUACUACGCUGACAGUCCCGGUAAGCUGACUGCGAAAGCAAUCAGGGACCCUAAGUAUGCCUCCAGCAAGCUGGAUGUUCACUCGUCUACGAAGCCGCCAACAGCUGCACCGGACGUUCCCGACUAUGUAACUUACUUCAUCUUCGUAGAGGACACCUCGGACGCGGCUCAGGUCGCUGGCAGCGGCCAAUUCGAUGACGCCGUCUUGACCAUACACAUCGUCAAGACCAACCCGAACCCGAUUCCUCCGCCACCUCCUUCAAACGUUAUUCCGGGCUACAACCCCGUCCUGGAUAGACCCAGGCCAUCGACCUUGGAGAACUAUCUCAGGGCGUACGACGUUGUGUUCUUAUUGGAUGAUUCCGGCUCGAUGCAAGGAGAGCGCUGGACCGAGGCUAAGAACGCGCUUGAUGGCCUUGCGAAUUAUAUCCUCGAGAGGGGCUGGGACUCGGACGGCAUCGACCUCCGCUUCCUCAACUCGAAUGACCUCUUCCAGUUCAAGGACCUCACCGGCGUUCAGGACAAAGGCAAGGUGGCUGCUGCGAUCGCGAAGGUGUCUCCCAACGGAAGCACCCCGACCGGAGCGCGCACCCAGACGAUCCUCGGUGCCCAUAUCGACAAGCUCAACGCGGCCAAGGGCACCUCUCUCUAUGGCGAGAUCAAGCCGCUCGACCUGAUAUGCAUCACCGACGGCGAGCCCAACGACGACGACGCGCAUGAGCUUACCAAGAUGCUCAUCGAGGCUGGGAACAAGAUCAAAGCGGGCCCUCACCACCCCAACUCGCUCGGCGUCCAGUUUGUUCAGAUCGGUGGAGACGUCAAGGCUGCCGAGGCGCUUGGCAAACUCGUUCAAGCGGACACUGGGAACAUCGUAGACACUGUUCCCUAUGCGGGACCGGGCACUAUCUCGCCCGACAAGCUUGAAAGGAUUUUGUUGGGUGGAUUGCACCCCAACAUUCGUGCACUCCGCGUGCCUUAA